ACGGUGACCCAUCCGGUUUCGUUUCCGCCGGUUAUCCUGGUGAAGGCCGCCGGAGCUGGCGAUGGUAACAUUGGCGGAGCGGAGGCUGCGGCUGGACGCCGCCGGCUCGGCCGGUUUCUGGGCCGCGCUCGAUGUAUGGACGCGGAAGCCGCAAGUGGCGAACCGGCGGCUCAGCGGCUGCUGCCUGGUGGCCGAGAGGGAAACACGCUGCUCCGUCGCGGGGCUAAGGCCGCUUCUGGAGGAGCUGGUGCCUGGAUUAAGGGUCGAGCUGGACCGCAAAGUGAAUGAGAUUCUCCUGGCAGUGACGGGGGAGCGACCUGGGGAUAGACUGAAGGUGACACUAAGGACUGUGAUUCCCAAAACACAAGCGGAGAACUGUAGAGAAAUAGUCAUCCAAGAUUUUGAAAACAACACAGCAACAUUUAUACCAUUAGAACGGCAUAUUGCAGGAAGUUACACUUUCAAGAAGAGCAAUAUUUACAGCUUUAAACUUCAACAAGUUAAAGGAGAUGAAUUACUCUGGUUUAUUUCUGUUUCGACCAUGUGCCCUGAGAAGUGGAAAGCAGAUGGAAUUGUAUAUCCCAAACUAGCAUGGCUCUCAGAUGUAUUGCUCACAAAGAUUGUGAAAUGGUCAACAGAGAACAUGAAGAAUUAUUUUAAGAGUACACUUUCUCUCAUUUCUGUGGAAAAAUAUAAUGAAUGUUACCACCGUCUUAAAGCAAAAUACAAAGAAAUGGUCAAGAUUUGGCCUGAAGUAACGAAUCCUGAAAAAUUUGUGUAUGAGGAUGUCGCCAUUGCAACAUACUUACUGCACCCUGGUAGAGGCAUAGACAUGAGGAAGCGGAAAAUUUGGAAUAUGUAUGGUCCACAGACAUGUCUCAAGGAAUGUGCCAUCAUACCAAGUGAUGAUUUCCUUUUUCCGGAUGUUGAUUGGAUAAUUGGCAACCAUUCAGAUGAAUUAACACCAUGGAUUCCUGUUGUUGCAGCAAGGUCAUCCUAUUCGUGCCGCUACUUUGUCCUGCCUUGUUGUUUCUUUGAUUUCUAUGGAAAGUACUGUCGGAAGCAGACUAAAAGCACACAAUACAGAGCAUACCUGGAUUUCAUUACAGAAGUGGGUUCUGCUUGUGGUUUUAAAGUAGAGGAGGAUUGCCUUCGGAUUCCAUCUACAAAACGGGUUUGCUUGAUUGGUAACCAAAGGACAUAUUCCCCCUCUUGCGAAAAAAGGUUGGAUGAAGAACGAACUCAGUAUAUUAGGGAGAGAUAUUCUUAUACUGUGUGUGCUGGAGACAGUACAGGUUUUAGUAAGAUGAAGGAUCCUGUUUCGCCUAAUCAUGUUACAGAUUGUUCAGUUGUUGAAGAUGACGUGGUGCAAGAUACUUGUGGUGAUACAGAUUGUUUUGCAUCCAACAAGUGGGUGGCUGGAUUCCAACCCAGAGAGAAAGUAGAGAAAGUUAGAAACUGUGCUUCUUUGCCUCGAGAUUUUGUUGAUAAUAUAGUGCUUCAGGUAGCUAAAGCACUUUUGAAAGUAAACCAGGACAACAAUGAACAUAAUGGUGAAGACAGUGCAAAAUGCUGGCGCAAAGGAGGAAGCCUGUGUCUUAAAAAUGUAGCAGAUCUUCUGGACAGUGAUACAUUACAAAAAUUAAAAAAAGAAUGUGGUGGCUUACAAACCCUGUUGAGAAACAAUUAUCAGGUGUUUGAAGUUGCCCAUGGAAACGUUCAGAUCCGUGACUGGUCAAAAGAAAAGCAAAGCAAACAAAAAGAAAAGCAAACAAAAUAUCUGUCAUCAGAUGAGAAAAGAAAAUUACUUUCUGAAGCUUGUAAGACACGUCUCUGUUGGUUCUUUGUAAAUCAUCCUGAUGGGUGUCCUCGAACUGCGGAAAAGUGUCCAUUUGCACACGGAAUACAAGAACUGCGAUCUCGUACUAAUAGCUGAAAAUGAAUUAAUAUUAGGGUUGAACUCCUGGAUAUUUAGUUUGAAAGGAAAUGUUCAAGAAUGAAAUAUACGUUUCUUUUCAAAACAGCUGCCUAUUCCAAAUAACCAGUGGACCAAAUAAUGCUUUGUUACAGCAACAUCUGCCAUGAGUUAAACUUUCCCUCAUGUUUAGGUAUUUACUGUCUUUGUUCUGGCAAGUUACUGAAUGUAUGAGCUGAUAAUGAUAUGAGGCAAACAGGAUCUAAAUGGACAGUAUCUUUUAACCAAUUCAGUUGAAAGAUUAUGAAACCAAAAGCACAAAAACUGAAACAGAAUUCUAAAUUUUCAAUGUCGAAUCAAGUACCUGAAAAGAAAUAGAGAAAAAUAAUUGGAUUACGGAAGAGAGAAGGAAAAGUGAAACAAGGUUAAUAAUUUAAAAAUAAAUCUUUUGAAGGAAUGAGACUUCAAAUAUAUGACAGUAAAUUUUAAGUACUAAUGAGGUUGAUUUGCACUGAUUAAUGUUAAUUGCAUCAUUAAAAUGUGGCUUAUUCGUAAAGAGACAAGAAUCUACUUGAUGGCAAGUUCAGUUUGUAUCUAUCAUGCAAUACAUCAGCUUCUGCCGUUCAUUGCAGUUCAGUGGUGAGAUAGGUGACAAAAUCUCAUUUUUGGAAAGCUAACAGCAGAGUGGUGCAACUCUCAGCAAUUUCUGGAUAUCUGCAUUUAGCUAUCCAGCUGCCCCUUGUCUGAAGUUACUGCACUAUUUGCAAAUAAAUAUCAGUGAUUGUCACGUUCCUCAUUGUUAUGACAACAGUAUCAGGCCCAACAUAUUUAAAUUCCACUUUUUCUGACCAGUUCUUUGUAAUAAUUAACCCAACAGAAGUGAUAAUUGUUAAGGAAAUUUAAAAUCAAAACUAUUUUCCAUCCGCAUCUGUGAUUCUGUGACAGAGCCCCUCAAGUUGGAAAUUUCUAUGUAAUGAAUGUUUUCCCUGUUUACUACCUUAUUUGUUUACAAUUAUCAAAGCCUAUACAGUCUACUGUAUGGCAAGUUAAAAUUUUAUAAUAUUCAACUACCAUAAAGGUAUAAUGCGUGCUUAUUCACUAAACUGGAUUUGACUGCAUCAAUUAACAAUAAAUAUUCUAAACAUGAAAAAUAAUUAACCUAGCCACCUAACAGUCCUGGAGAGAAAAUUGCUUGCUGGUUUUAGCAUAAGUUAUCUGUAAUUAAGUACUAGUAUCUAAAUUUAAAGGUUAAAAACUGCGGAUGCUGUAAAUCAGAAACAGAAACAGAAAUUGCUGGAAAAGCUCAGCAGGUCUGGCAGCAUCUGUGGAGAGAAAUCAGAUUUAAAGUUUCGGGUCAAGUGACUCUUUCUCAGAACUUGGGUUUUGCCACCAGACCUGCUGAACUUUACCAGCAAUUUCUGUUUUUUUUCACCUUUUACAGUAAUUUUAGUAGUUGUAAUGGGUAUAUAAAUCUGUCAAAAACGUUAUUAAGAAAAACAUACAUAUUAUAUACCAAGCAGGUGGUAUGUUCCUUUUUUAUCCAUUGCAUUGCAUUUCCAUAAAAUGAGCUAAACUUGUCAAUGCUAAAUUUUGUGGUGUAACAACAGCAUCUUCAGUGCUUGAUUUGAGGUUUUAGGUAUAAUGAUGCAGAAACCCACAGCUCAUAUACCAGAAGAAAAUGUUCAUUAUCUUGUUGCAAACUAUCCGGCUAUUAAACUAUUCAAUGUUUGUCUUAUAGCUACUACCUUACUUUGAAGUUCAUUCUCCUGCAAAACUCUUCCUGAUAUUUGUGUUUGAAUUGCAUUUUGCCAAUUUAGAGCAAUGACCCUUCCCUCACCGUGAUGGUCCAACUUGAAGCAACGUCUAAGAUUUUAACAUGUCUGUAUUAGUUGCCAUCUUUAGUAUCUCAUUGCAUACUUACAAAGCUAAAAGACUUAUUUCUCAUUUGCAGCUCAGUACUAUGUCAGAUGUCAGUCCUGUUUUUUGGAGGUUGAAUUGCUGUUUUCUGUCUCCAUGAUCAAAGUUAGAUUAGUUUAUAAAGCUACUGUCCAGUUUUAGAAUGGUAGCCUCCAAAUUGCAGACCGUUGAUUUUAGCUAUACGAAUCAGCAUUUUAAAAGAAAUAUAAAAUAUUGCUGAUGCUGAAAAUCUGAAAUUUAAAUAAAACAUUCUGAAACUGUGCAAGAUUCCUGUGGGGGAUAUGUGAAGGAAAAAUGUUGAUUCACAAAAGAAAAACAAAUUAUAAAUGUUCAGAAUUAAUAUUUGAGUAUGCAGUAUGAGUAAUAUGUGACAUGGUGUAUUGACUGUAGCAUGCUUGGGAGGAACAGAUAACUUGGACCCAAAGCUUUCCACCAUUUUCUACCUUCAUGAAUGGUUGUAUUGUAUGCUAAUGGAUAGAGAUUAUUGUCAUGGUUAGUCAUCUCAGUCACAAGAUGUAACAAUCAUCAGGGUAGUAGAAAACGCAGAUGAACUUCAGGUCUUUUUCUAUAUAGCAGUUCCUGUGUCCCUGUGCAGAAAUAAUUCUAACAGUGUUAUUUCUCGUGCAGAAGAAGGAACUUGACAUUGGGAAAAAUAACUAAAGGGAAACCAAUAAGAAUUGUUUUUUAAAUAAUUUGGUAAAAAUAUUUGUUACCUCAAUUUUUGAUGUUAAUUUGUGUAUUCUAGCCGCAAAGAGCUCUGUGCCCUGUGAAAGGGUAUAGUCCACUUUGAGAUCUUGGUAAUGCUUCCAAGAAAUGAACAGCAAACCCUAUCUGUUAAUUGCUUUAGUUUACUGGAUUCAUGCCAUUUUUAAAUGGUACUUUGGCCUUCAAAAAAAAGGACGUUAUGUUUCAUUUCAUCUUGAUUUUUUUAAUUCACAUGGAGGUAAUAUCGGUGAUAUUACCGGACAAGUAAUCCAGAGAUCUGUGCAAAUGCCACGGGGAAUGAGCAAGCCCAACAUGGCAGAUGGUGAGAUUUGAAUUCCACUAAUGAGUUUGGAACUAAAGCUGAGUCCAUGAAAUCAUUGUUGUAAAUCUUAUCAGGUUCACUAUCUUUGCUUUAGAGAUGAUGGACAGGUUUUGACGACAGGAGUUACUUUUUGUAGUAUUUCUAGUUUCUUUAUUUGCAUGGCUUGGUCAGCUUCUAGUCAGUGGUAAUCCUAGGAUGUAGAUAGUGGUGGAUUCAGUGAUGUUUAGAUUCUGCCAAAUUGGAAAUGAUAAUUUCAUGAUACUUGUAUGGUGUGAAUGUCACUUGCCACUUUUCAGCCCCAACUUGGGUCUGGUCUACAUCUUACUGGACAUAGACUGCUUCAGAAUCUGAGGAGUCACGAUUGGUGCUAAACAUUAAACAAUUGUCAGCGAACAUACCCAUUUCUGAUCUGAUAGAGGCAAGGUCAUUGAAGCAGCUAGAGUUGGUUAGGCAUAGGACACUCCCCUGAGGAAGUCCUGGAGAGAUGGCCUGGAACUGAGAUGACUGCCCUGUGACUACUACAGCAAUCUUCCUUUGUUCCAUGUAUGAUGAUAAUCAGUGGAGAGUUUUCUGUUUUCCAUUAACUUCAGUUUGGCUGGGGCCCUCUGAUGCCAUAUCCAGUCAAAUUAAGCCUUGGUAUCAAGGGCAGACACUCUUGCAGACCUCUGGAAUUCAGAUUUUUUUGUGCACUUUUGAAGUAAGGCUGUAAUAAGGUCAGGAACUGAGUGGGCCUGGCAGAAUCCUUACUGGGUGUCAGUGAACAGGUUAUUGCUAAGCAGUUGCUUCAUGAUAGGUGUAAUCAAUGGUGCUGUCAUUUUACAGAUGAUCAAGAGAAGACUCUUAGAGCAGUAAGAACCAGUUUCUUUAGCAAGUCUGUGGAGAAACAGUUAACAUUUCCAGUCCGAUGAUAAUUCUACGGAUCUGUUCAGAAUCAGUUCUGAUGAAGUUAUUGGUCUCAAAAUGUUAACUGUUUCUCCAUACUGUCUCCCUGUUUCUCCAUACAGGGAUACUGUCAGACCUGCUGAGUUUCUCCAGCAUCUUUUUAUUAAAAUUGGAUGAUCAAACUUAGCAUCUACAUGAGGUCCUCAGCAGCACAGAUGCUAGCCUUAAACCCAUUUAAUUCACUCUGAAUUAAGAAAUAACUGAAAGCACUGUAAACUGCAAAGGCUGUGAGCCCUGACAAUGUUCCAGCAAUAGCACUGAAAACUUGUGCUCCAAAACCUGGCACACCCUUAGCCAAGCUGUUCCAGUACUGCUACAACACUGGCAUCCAGACGCCAAUAUGGAAACUUUUUUAGAUGUUAUCUGUAUGCACAAAGCAGACCAAUAGCAACACCAUCAGUCUAUUUAAUAAUCAACAGAGUGGUGGAAGGUGCCAUAAAGCAGCACUUACUCAAUCAUAACCUGCUCACUGGCCCUGGUGGAACCAAACUUUUGAGCCAGUCAGCUUCUGAUUUUCUGUAUAGCAUCAAGCCAGCCAAGAAAAAACUGAAGUCAGUAGCGUCAGGGGAAAACGCUCCACUGAUUAAAGGCAUACCGAGCAUAAAUGUAGAUUGUUAGGAAUAUAGGAGCAUGAGUAGGCCCUGCACCCUUUCAAAUCUACUACACCGUUCUAGAUUAUACUUCAUCAUCUAUCUCAACGCCAUAUUCCUGUGCAAUUUACAUGGUUCUUGAUGUCAUUAGUAACUAAGAAUCAAUCAAUCUGUGUUUUGAUAUUGUUCAAUGACUGAUCUUCCACAGUCCACUAACGUAGAGAAUUCUGAAGAUUUAUCACUGACUGAAGAGGUUUUCAUCUCAUUCCUCAUGGAUUAUCACCUAUUCUGUGAGUGUCUCACUGGUUCUACACUCCACAUCCAGGGCAAACAUCCUUUCAACAGCUACUCUGUCUAAUUGUUUAAGAUUUUUGUAAGUUUCUAUGCCUACGUCUCAUUCUCCUAUACUCUUAUAUAGGCCCAGUCUCUUCCGUCUCUUUGGCCCCACCAUACCAGGAAUCAGUCUGGUGAAUCUCCUUGCCCGCAAGUAUAUUUUUUCUCUGGUAAAGGGACCAGAACUGCACAUGCAUACUUUAUGACUUAUGAACAAGGACACCUAAAUCCCUUUGCACAACGACAGUUUUAAAUCUUUCACCAUUGAAGAAAUACUCUUCACCUUUGUUCCUCCUAUCAAAGUAGAUAACCUCCCUUGCCCACAUGUUCCAUCUGCCAUUCUCUUACCCACUCACUUGAUCAAAAUCCCUUUGUGGUCUUUUUGCAUCCCCAACAACUCUCAUUCCCACAAUAUUUUGUAUCAUCUGCGAACAUGGAAAUAUUACUAUUGGCCCCACAUUCAAAUCAUUGAUUUAAAUUGCAAAUAGCUGGGACCAAAGCACUGAUCCUUAUGGUAUCCCACUGGACACAGUUGGACAAAUAGCCAGGAAUCCUUUAAAGAUACUAUUGGAACCUGCUCUAAGAAUAGUUUGAAACUUCUUUAAGCAAAACAUUGGCCCAGAAUCUGUAGGGUUGGAUUUUGUUGCUGACAGCUCUUUCAACCCCUGCUUGACCUAUCCCAUCAUGAAUUCUACUCAAAUCUGAUCAGUUUGCCAGCUGAUCUUAACAAUAGGCCAACUGCCAAUUUUCCACUUCGUCUCAACUGACGAGCUACUGCCUGUGUAACCUAACUAAAAACGCUUGAGGCCUCUGAACAUUGGUGUUAAGUGUGCACCAAAAUAGUUGUGGAAACAUUGACUUCCACUUGUGUGACAUGAGAAUUCAUCUUUUUUUUUUAACCCUUUUUAGUUAUGAAAUAACAAAUUGAUUUAUAUUGAAUGGUUGUUCCUCAGUUUUCAAACUCUUGUCUCAUGUGAUAUUCCUUUUUUAUCUAACCCAGACAACAUUUUGUUAUAUUCU